UUUUUCCCCCCGGAACGAUGUUUAAAACCGGAACUGUAUUCAGGGGAACAUAUUUUGACGCCGGACCAAUGGGUAGCCAAGCACACACUGCUCUAGGGAUUCUACGAUGGACAUGGAAAACCUGCUUACCAAAAGGUAUCCCUGGAAAAGAAUUGCCCAGGGUGCCAUUAAUUCUCCUUCACCGACCACUCUGUUCAUCACAGCUGGUUCCACCCCUGUCCCCCGGUUCCUCCCCUGCUCAGACCGUCCAGCAUGGCAGGAGAGAGCUAACCAUACAGUCUUUGGCUGAAAUGGGUUUCUCAGAGAGCCAGGCUGAGAUGGUGUAUGAAGCAGCGAAUAAAACUCGCUGCAAGCAUGACGUGCCGGUGUUGACUGUGCUCUUCAGCCUCGGCUUAAACCUGGAGAUCCUGGAGAAAUGUCCUGAGCUUUAUUCUCUUAAUGAAGCUCAGUUACAGCAGCGGGUUCUGAAUCUAAGGAAGCUUGGCCUGCUUGAAGGCAGUUUGCAGAGGGUGAUAAGCCACUACCCUCGGAUCCUGUCGUUUCCAGUGAAGAGGGUGAACACUGUGUCUCGGCUCCUCAGAGAGAAGUGCCAGUUCACCGCUCAGCAGAUGGCAGACAUCCUCCGAGACUCGCCGCAUGUAGUGGAGGAAGAGCCAGCACGUCUGGAGUACAUGUUUCAGUACGUAUAUUUCCGCAUGGGCUGUCGCCAGGCUGAGAUGGUGAAGGCGAAGCUCUUCAGACUCUCCCUGGAGGAGCUGCGGUGUCGUCACAGCUUCCUGGAGCGCCGUGGACUGUACCAAACCCCUGACAAGAAGGGCCAGACACUUAUACUCAACCCGCGCCUCAAAGACUUCCUCAGCGUCCCCGAGGAAAUCUAUCUCACCGAUAUCGCCAAUGCCACACAGGAAGAGUUCGAUGUGUUCCGGAAACUUGUGGCAAGAGAGCAGGAGGAAGAGGAGCAAGAUGAAGAGUACAGCGAUGAUGAUGAUGAUGAUGAUGAAAAGGAUGAUGAUGAUGAUGAUGAUGAUGAUGAGGUCACACAGAGACACAUGAGCUCCAAGAAGAAAACAAAUCAGAGAGCCAAGAUGCCAGAAAGACACUGAUUCUCGAAUGUAGCUUCAUAUUUCUGUUUCUGUGCAGUAUGCCAUAUUGAUAUGGAAAUAAAUUGUCUCCUUGCAUUUUA